GCUCAUGCAGUGUUCAGAAUUGCUGGGGAGAUAAGGACAUUCUCAGGUCAUCAGAGUGAAAGGCUGUUUAGAAAUCUAAACUGUAAAUGAUAGUUUCAGCUUUUAAGAAUUGUAUUUUUAAAGUCAGCUAUUUUUCUGAUUGUCAUUUAAAAUACUUUCUGCAAGAGGAAUGUAACAGAAAAUCCUACACUAGAGUGCGAAGGCAGCACUUUAUAUAAAAGCACAAAAUCUGAGUCUUUUUCAGUUCUAGUGUUUGACAGAAUUGAAGAGUUUGUUUGUGAAAAAGCUAUUGAAAUGACUGAAUGGAAUGAAUUUUAAUGAAGUCAAAUACUAUAUUUUUGGUAGCUUUUAGUCUCAGUUAAACUUCUUUGAAAGGGGGUUUUGCAAAUGAAAGACAUUAGGAUGUGUCUAAAUACUUUUUUUGUAGCACUUGUAUAAGGAAUUUUUCUGUGAAGCAGCAAAAACAUUUUAUCAGGACUAUUUGAAACGUUCACCUGGAUAUCAACUUCAGACAAAAAUGAUUUGUUUAAGGUAGCAGUUCAGUUAAAAAUGAUUAGGUCAAGGCCUUUUCUGGAGUUCUGUUUAUUGCACUUGCACAACUUUUGAAGAAAGCCAUGAAAAUCUUUAAGCAUGUUAUGCAUGAUCCCUCGUUUAAUAGAACUGCACGGAAAUGGCAUAUUCAGGACCCAGCAAGUCAGCGGUUGACAUGGAACAAACCUCCAAAGAGUGUCCUUGUUAUCAAAAAGAUUCGCGAUGCCAGUCUGCUACAGCCUUUUAAAGAACUCUGUGUCUAUCUUACUGAGGAGAACAACAUGAUAGUUUAUGUAGAAAAAAAAGUGCUAGAAGACCCAGCCAUAGUUAAUGAUGAUAAUUUUGGACCAGUGAAGAAGAAAUUUUGCACUUUCAGAGAAGAUUAUGAUGAUAUCUCCAAUCAGAUAGACUUUAUCAUAUGCCUGGGAGGAGAUGGUACCUUGCUUUAUGCUUCUUCACUUUUUCAGGGCAGCGUACCUCCAGUUAUGGCUUUUCAUCUGGGAUCUCUUGGAUUUCUCACCCCCUUUAACUUCGAGAACUUUCAGUCCCAAGUUACUCAAGUUAUAGAAGGCAAUGCAGCGCUUGUUCUCCGGAGCAGAUUGAAAGUGAAAGUAGUAAAGGAACACAGAGAGAAGAAGACAUUGAUACAAAAUGGUAUUGAAGAAAAUGGAGUGAUCUCUACAAGUCUAGAGAUGGAAAUGGGCAAGCAAAUCAUGCAAUAUCAGGUCCUAAAUGAAGUUGUAGUGGAUCGAGGUCCUUCCUCCUACCUUUCCAAUGUGGAUGUUUUUCUAAAUGGACACCUCAUAACCACAGUGCAAGGUGACGGAGUGAUUGUCUCCACACCAACUGGUAGCACGGCUUAUGCGGCUGCAGCAGGAGCAUCUAUGAUUCAUCCAAAUGUUCCUGCAAUAAUGAUCACCCCAAUCUGCCCUCACUCACUGUCCUUCAGACCCAUUGUUGUUCCUGCAGGAGUUGAGCUCAAGAUCAUGCUGUCCCCAGAUGCCAGGAACACAGCAUGGGUUUCAUUUGAUGGGAGGAAGAGACAGGAAGUCUGCCAUGGAGACAGUAUUAGCAUCACUACCUCUUGCUAUCCCCUCCCUUCGAUCUGUUUCCGAGAUCCUGUGAGCGACUGGUUUGAAAGCCUGGCUGAGUGUUUACACUGGAAUGUUCGGAAGAAGCAAAAUCACUUUGCUGUUGAAGAAGAAUUUUGAAUGUCGCCACCUAAUGAGACUCGUGGGAACUUAAAAUGGCAGUAUCCCUUGUAUAAAAAUGUUUGUUCAGCCUAGGGGGAAUAGACCAAUACAUAUAUUUUUUAAAUAGUGACGUACCUCAUAUCAGUCUGCUCUGCUGAUGACCAGAAAUUAUCAUGUUGCUUCCUCUCUGCUGAGAAUAGGAGUGGAAGAAUUUAGAAUCUGAUUUGUUAGCCUUUUUUUUUUUAUUUAUUUAUAAUGGGUUGGUAUUUUUAAUCAAUAUCAACACACAGAUCUACAAACCACCUCAAACACGAUUGUAACGAGUAAUUUGCAGAGUAGCAUUCUAGGUUGUACCUAGAUACAUAAUAGAAAAAUGGCAUUAAAAUAUUCCAGUUAAUUUGGUAGAUUUGUAAUUCUGUGGUUAAGACUUCUCAUCUAAAACUCAAAGGAAUUUUUCUUUUUAAAAUGCUCUUUGUUAACGUAAAUGAAUGCAUAGUAGUCAAAAUGUCUUCCCAUCAGGUGAACUAAUUAAAUAUUUUGCCUUUCCAUAAAAAUAUAGCAAGAAUUAGGGGAAAGAACCACUAUACAGUUACUCUACAGAUACAACUUACUAUCAGAAAUACAGAUAGUUUUGUAAGUAUCGAGAACCCUUUUUCUUUCUGCCCAUUUGAAUGGACAUCAUUUAGGGUCCCCAUAGGCAGCAUUGACAACUGCUUGCGUGGACAAACUGGUGAAGUGGCAUACUUUUUUGUUGAUGAGCUAAUUAUGCCUGAGCAGUUCCUUGCUUUUUCAGCAUGUUUGUGACCCUUAGAAAUGGUAUGGAUUUUUUCUUUUCUCUUUUUAACCUCUGGAGUAAGCAGCAGCAUUUGAGGUUGUAAACUACAGAUUUUCAUCAAGUGUUGUUGACCCAACCAGCAGAGUCUCUUCUAGGAUGGCUGUAUUGUUUUUCUUUUGAACCACUAAUUACGUUAACUAGUCUCACAUUCUAAAUUAGGAUCUGAAUGGUCUUCACGCCCAUUGAAGAUAAGUGUGCUGCUUGCAGGAUGGAGCUCUUGAGUAAGGAGAAAAGGGAUAUUGCCUUGAUAGGCUGAUCAGAAACAGGACACAUUCCCAGCAUAGUAGCGAUGGUGCCUUCAGCACACUUCAAGAUAUUUUAAGUCUUGUAUGUACUUUUAUAAGUCUUUCAAAUGUUUCUAACCUGUUUAUGUACAUAUUUUAUUGUACAUGCUUUUAUGAAAAUAAGUAGUUUGAAAAAAGGGUUUGUACUGAAAUCACUUUUACUAAAAAUCAAACUCAGUUAUAAUGUUUACAUUUAUGUUCUCUGUGGUGCAGUCUCUCAUAACCAUAUUGUUCAAAUCCUAGCAUCUUCAUGUAUCUCUGCAUAGACCAUUAAAAGGGAUGGAUGUUCUCUGCUAAUCUUGAAGUCUUCAGCAUAUUAUUGCAGAGGAAUCUGUUUCUUACUGAUUAAGUGGGGGAUUGCAAAGAAGCUCUAUUGAACUUUCAUGGUUGUCUUGCUCUUAUUAAUGUUUGUGCAGUCAGGGGUAACAAUGGGGGAUGUAUUAAUUCCCAUGUUCUACCUACCCUGCAGUCCUCUGAUUCAUGGGCUAAUGUCUCUUUUUUUGCAUGUUGCCCCGGUCUGUUAAAUUUUGUCAAAUCAAGGUGAGAGCACUCUGCAUAAAGCAGCAGAUUUAAACUCUGGUAACAGUGUAAAUCAUGCUAAAAUUGUGUUAAUAUAAAUUCAUGUUAAGUAUGUAAAUGUUUUGUUAUCUAGAAUAUUGGUUGAAUUCCGUCUGGACCAGCAAAAUCUGUGACAUCCUUGAGUAUGUUCAGACAGCUUUAGACCUUUUUGGGCAUAAGCUUUCGUGAGCUAAAACCCACUUCAUCGGAUGCAUGCAGUGGAAAAUGCAGUAGGAAGAUAUAUUUUCCACUGCAUGCAUCCAAUGAAGUGGGUUUUAGCCCACGAAAGCUUAUGCCCAAAUAGAUGUUAAUCUCUAAGGUGCCACAAGUACUCCUUGGUUUUUUGGUGAUAUAGACUAACAGGACUACCACUCUGAAACCUUUAGAUCUUUGUUUUUCACUUGAAUUUACAGUAUAAUGGUUAUAUCACUGCUUAAAGUUGCUUACGGGUUUUUUAGCCGACAGAGUAUUCAAUUUUCGAAUAGCUGUUUACUUUCUGAGCUACAGAAACAUUUUGUUUUGGAAAAAGAUACAUUUCCCUAUUUAAAAAUGCAAUAAUUGGGAAAAGGAACAGAGUAGAGCCUUUAAUUUUAACAUUUAGUGUAUAAAUAUACUAAAAUGAAUGAGAAUGGACAGAAGGCUUUGCUGGAUAGGAAGUGAAAAAAUAAACCAUUUGAGAAGAUGGUAAGGCAAAAUAAGUAAAAAUGAGGCUUAUAUAGAACUUGGUUUUUUUUUUUUAAAAAAAAGCUAAAAUCUAGCAUUUUAGCACCUUUUUUAUUUGUGCUUUUUUAUAAUAGUAAAUAUCAUUCAUUACAUGUAGCAAAUUAUGGAACUUCAAUUUUCAGUGUACAUUUCAUAAAAUGUAAUCUCUAAAACCCUAUGUAACUACUCCCUCUAAAUUUGACUUAUGUUUCUUAUUAAAAUUAAUCUAACAUA